UGUGUGUGUGUGUGUGUGUGUGUUGAGAGAGAGUAAGAAAGAGAGAGAGGGUGAGAGAGAAGGUCGUCUGUGUUACGGAGCAGGCAGUUUGAUGUUUGUAUCUUGUAGAAGACACUUUGUCGUAUCUGUUUUAAACAAUAUUAACAUAUAGAAACUAAGAACAAAGUCAGGGGUCGUCUGAUGAAAAUCCACAGCAUGGGUGUCCGGGCAGUCAUCGCCAUGACGCUCCUCCUGUCAUUAGCUGCCAGUGAGGAAGAGACUGCUAAAGGUUCAGUAAAAUUCAAGGGGGGAAAUUUCACCAUGAGCUGUCCAGGGUUAGGGAAAUGGUACAGAAGGAGCGCACAAGUGGGAAACGGUGAAGAACAUGACAGUUUGGAAUUGGACUACAACAGUGAUACCAAGGGCUUAUACAAAUGUGUAUACAAGGAUAACGGAGAAGAUAAAGAAUAUUAUUUCUAUGUGAAAGGAAAGGCGUGCGCAAAUUGCAUCGAGCUUGAGGCAGCUCCGUUAGCCUUGGCCAUCACUGUGGACAUGGCUGGGACGAUAAUACUGAUGAUGAUCAUCUAUAAGUGCACGAAGAAGAAAAGCUCAGCUGGAUCUACACAGGCCUCAAAAGCACCAGCUCGUGCAGGAGGCCGUGCUCCACCUGUCCCAUCUCCUGACUAUGAGGCACUGAACCCUCACACUCGCUCCCAGGACCCUUACGCUAUUGUGAGCAGGACGGGAUAAAAUCACAUGACCUGGCUGCACAAGGACACUGGUUUAAAGGCCCAACAGACAAAAGCAUUAACAGCAUGCUCCCAUGGUCCCAAUUUGCGCAGAGGUGACUGGAAUUUAGUUUGUGAUGUUCUCAGUAUUUACAAAUUAUACUGAAAAACUACUUUCCUCUCCAGAAAUCAUCCCUAUGGAAUCCAUCACAAGUGUGUGUAGAUUCAGAGGAACACACAUUGCUUUUGUAUGUUGCUGUAGAUUAGUCAUUUACAACCUGGAGGCACUUCAGCAGCUCAGCUUAUUUGAAAAUGUAUAAUUUGAAUAAUUGUAAUUAUGUUUAUGAAGGAAAAGAACACAAAUGCCAUAGGAUUACAAAAUUGGUGUAGUGCUGAUCUCCAAUGUGUUUAUUGUAACAAUAAUCAAGACAGUGUUCUCCUGGAUCAGCUGUAAUUCCUUGACACAGAGUUCAUGGAAACAAGUCAUCAAAAUGCCUAGAAAAAGAUCAAAGUACAAGAACAGUACGAACGGCUGAAACUUCUAUUGUGUCAUGACUGACCUUUAAAAGACAAGGGGGAAAAAGACAAGCAUCUCUAUGAUCACUGUAUCUACUGGUUUUCUUUGCUGUUAAAUGAAAAGGAACAGUUCUAUUAAACCCUCACAUCUAUAGCUAUUGAAGGAGAGGGGACAGUGAAGGGGUAGUUAAAUAGUUAAUUUGUUUUUAAUGACACAAAAAAAUUUAACUUUUGGGUCAGAACUAUAUAAAAAGCAUUUAUAAAGAAAAAAGAAUAUAUAUAUAUAUAUAUAUAUAUUAAAAGGUUAUACAAUGUGAUGCAGCGGGCAGAGGCAGGACGUAACGUAUAAAUUCCUCUGUGGAGAUCAAGUGCUUUUGUUUACAGCACAUCCACACUGGCCUCGGACCUCAUCACCCCAAACUCUCUUGACAUUUUCGUCGAUGUGUUCUACAUGUGUGGCUCCGCUUUUUCAUCCUGAAAUAUUUUGUACAUUUCUGCGUCUGUCGAGCGUUAACCUCAUCAACCUCACCCGCUCGAUCUCCUGCUGUGCAUCGGCUCCUCCGGACGUCCUUCCUAAAAAGACUGCAGGAAGUCCGAAGGCUCUCACUUGGACAUUUGUGUUCACACAUGGAGAAUGUCCUGAGGACCCCCUUAGUUCAGAGCAUGUCUGAAAGCAGCUUAACAUAACUCAGGUGCUUUAAACCGUGUUUAACCACAAAGAGUAAACUCAGUUUAGUGGAGUAUGUGUCCAGGUUACGGGUCUGUCUUCCCAUUUCCACACACAGGUACAUGAGCCCAUCUAAAAAGGCGGUGUGGGAUAUGUCAGAUAAAAAAAGAAUGAGAACUAGCGCUGUCAACUAAUUUGGAAGAAAUAUUUGAAAGCAGUGAGCAACACAGGUUUACCUUCAUGUCUGUUGUAUAUCUGUGGGGAGCCAGAAAUCUCUCUCUUGCUCUUUAAUAUCCACUCACUCCUCUGUACAGUCCUGCAAUCCAAUACAACUGUUCUGCCAUUAAUCUGCUGUAAUGAUGCCAUUCAUUUUCAGGUGUUGUAAAGUAUAUAUAUUUUUGAGUGUACUGACCCUUUAAUAUAAAAAGUUUACAGAGGUUACUGUAAAAAUCAUUAUUUUUCAUUUUGAAUAAAGAGAUAUAGACGUGUUUCCGGUA